ACAUAUACAGCGAACAAAGUAGACAUCUAAGAUUCGCGAAAUUUUUUUCAGCUGCAUUUCGUAUUGGAUUAAAAUAUAUAAAAUUUUAUUAUAAUAAGUUUUAAAUGCAACGGAAUUCUAGGCGUAAGAUAUUCAAUUAAAGAUUUCAAUAUUUAACCUUGAUGGCGAGUUGAAAUCAGUGAGUGUUUACUUUAGUUUACAAGUGUUUGUUGGUGCUAUUUUAAGGUUAUUACGUCUUAUGCGACACAGCUUGAAGUCAGAAAUAUACACACACAGACAAAAUGCACGAGAGACGCGUUGAGAAAAUUAAAGGUGGUCAUUAUGUUGCCACACACAGUCAGCCUAUUGCGUACCCUGUGUAUACGCAUUCGAAUCGGGCUUACUCUACGGAUGGUGAAGAAUCACAUAAUGCAGCAUCGGCGGCGGGUUAUACGGUUACACCCGAGUAUCCAUACAGCUCUUCGCGCAAAAUAAAUUUAUAUCAAAACCAGCAAAUUCCAGCAGAGGAGAGUAGUGUAAUUUAUAAUCAAAAGUGGCCAAAUGGAUCUCCGCAAGCCCGCCCAUUUUCCACACUAACUUACGAUCAAGGCGGUGAUGUAAGCAGUGAGAUUUAUGUGACUAGUGCGGCUUAUAAAGAGCCUUCGGAAAUAAGUCGAUAUAGCCAUCGACCACAAUCACGUGGUGCAUCACAUAGCGUUUACUCGAUGGCUAGCACAGCAAAGACAGGACAAAGCGCUCAUUCAACAACGAAGCGAGGUGUGAAACUAGAAGCGAUGUCUGCGCCAAAUCCAUUUUGCCCAAAUAUAAAAGGCGUUUGCUGUCUUAUGUUGCUUUUGAAUCUUGGCUUGAUUCUCGUAACUUUGGGUUUUGUGAUUGUUGUGCAAUUUUAUGAGCCUACAUAUGUGUGGAUACUUGGAAUUAUAUUUUUAAUUUUUGGAUUCCUCACUCUUAUUGGGUGCAUGGUAUACUGCGUGCAUGUCUGCAGAGAUGCGAAAACACCUUCUCAAGUGCGUAAUGAAAACCUUUACUGGACAAGACAUUGGCAAAAUAACAUCGGUUAUAUACCUACCAAAGAAAUUUCCUAUAAAGGCAAUAAAUAUGACGGUUAUUCGGACCAUUAUUCGAUAAGCAAAGUUAGCGGAAAAUACUCAGAUCGCGGAAGCAAUCAUUAUUAGAAAAAUAAUAAAUGUUUUAUAAUCGUGUUCGUGGCUACGAAAGUAAUAUUAAUAAUCGAUUAAAUUAAUAAGUUGUGAAUUAUUAAAAUAUACACCCAUAGUUACAGUGAAAUUACUUUAUGUACUUUAAUGCUAGUAGAGUACUUAUUCAUAGAAUAACUGUUGAAGAUACUAUUUCCAAUCUUGAACAGGAUCUGUUUUUAGUUUUAACUAUGGAUCAAUGAACUAAAUUUAAACCUACUCAAAUGUAUUAAAACAGGGCCAACUCGAGUCAUUAGUUGGACUUUAAUGUUGUUGUACUUACAGUUAAUAAGUUUUCACACCUAUGUAUUUAUGUAUUUUAUCUCUAUACUUAAUUUAAAACUAUACAAAAUAUACAACACUUAUUAACACCGCACAA